AUGGACAAUAAAAAGCCGCUUUUUGAGUUUAACCUUAGCUUUUCAAAGCCUAGCCCAAAAGUAAACCCAGGAGCUGUAAAUAAUUUUGGACUCCAGCAGGUGUCUUCUUCUCCAGCUCCCAGUGCUGCCAAAAAGACCAUGAACAUUUUUCAACAAGCAUGAGAUGAAGCUGAAGAGGAGGCUGAUAAGCAAAAGGACUUGAAGAGGCUAACUUCUAACGUCAGGACUGGUGUAAACAAGCGUAAAUAAUACAUUCAUUGAUUUCACUUUCAAAACACAGGAAAAGAGAUUUUUAAAACAACUUGAAAAAGAUGAGGAAGAAGAAGUUCAGCAUAAAGGAAUCGAAAAAGCAAAUUAUUCCUUACUGGAUGAUUAUGACAUUGAUGCACCAAAAUUAGACAAGAAUGCAAUAAAUGCAGCUGCUAGCUACAACAAUGGGAUUCAAGCAGAAGAUAUAGAACUGGCUUUACUCAAAGCUCAGCAGAUAGAGUUGAUCAAGGAGAAAUAUUUUCAAGAAAAAAUCAGAAUCAAAUGGUGCUUACAUUGUAGAAUGAAGUUCCCAGGUGAAGCAGCUCUUCGAAAGCAUGAGAAAACUGAAGAACAUCAAUCUAAAUUGAGAUAG